AUGAUCCAAUCUGGCACACUUCAGUAUCAAGCCAAGGCAGCACCAUUCUAUGCAUUCAAACUACUAUUUAGAGAGACGAUCAAUAUAACAUUCAAUGAUCAAUCAAAUCAAUCACAACAACAACAACAACAACAACAACAACUUUACAACAACAACAACAAGAAGAAGUAUGGAUAUGAUAAGAAGGGAAGAGGUGGCAAACAUCAACAAUAUCAACAACACCAACAGCAACAACAACAACAAACUGUACAGGAGACAAAGAGUGUGCCACCAACAAGGUUACAGAUCAAGGAGCAGAUCUUGUCAGACUUGACCAGCUCCAACAUUACACACUUUAUCACUUCAUCAACAUUCCAUCUGAGUCGAUGGAUCACCAGUCUACUCAAACAGUGCGCGCAGGGCGACCUCAUUGUCGAGGAGUACUUCCAGCGACUGAUAUACACUCCAACAACCUUUGCAGCAUUGGCCAGCAAGGACAAUCAGAAAACACCUGACAUCGAUGCCAUUGUUAGAGGACAUCUAGUAUCACUCUUCCCAUCAAUACAAUCUGGACAACAUCAACACAAACAUCAUCACGGCCAUCACCAUCAUCAAGAUGGUGCAAAGAAGAAGAAGCUGAACCCAUUGAUCCAGACACUGAUACCCGUGAUCGUGUCCACUCAGACCGAACACCUGAGUACAGACUACGCCCAUCUACUUCGUUACUACUUCCUCGUCAUCAACAAAACAACUCAAUCACAACGAUUCGUCCAACAUAUGAUCGAGAGCAACAUGUUGACACAGAUCAUCAAGUUAAUCAAAUCAAUGUUGGAACUACUAGAUGGACCGACAUCAUCUAAUGAUCACUCAAGCAUUGUAAUACUUCUUCAGAAUCACUUCUUGCCUGCGAUAUACCAUUAUAUUGGCGCCGAUGCCGAUACCACCCCAGCCCAACCAUACGCCGAACGUCUACUCACACUUAUAAUCAAUGAUGACAAGCUAAGAGUACUGUUGUUUGGAAGGGAUAAUGGAUAUGGCCUGAACGGUCACUUCUCAACCAGUCAGCUGAUUGAAGGACUGAGUAUUCUGGAGAACCUGAUACAGACACUCGAGACAUUCAGCUCGGACACACAGACAAAGGUGCAACAAUUGUUGGAUCGUCAUUGGCGUGAGUCAUUGCUUCAAUCAAAGGAUGUAACAUAUCAUUAUUGGAAAGUGAGACAGCUGUUGCUUUAUUACAACACAAUGCCACAGGAUCUGCGCGACAGUGUCAAUCGGUUCCUGUUCAACUUCCUCCGACACCUGGAGCUGCAGCCAAACAAACUGACCAACAACACAAUGGUCGUAUUCAAGCAACUCGUGCCCAUCCUGUUCAACAUUGUUUGUAAUGCUGGCACUGUGUCACUGGAUCAAGUACAAGUCGAGGGGCUUGCCACGAACACAGACAACAUACUUCUCGAGUAUCUUCAGUUUGUCUUGACGCGCUUUAAAAACUACAAGCUGGUACUGUCCACGAUCAAGAACAGCUUUGUCGAACUCCUUAUUACAACCCUGGUACUCGAUCAGAUGUUCUCGGCCUCAAAUCCAACUGGUGUCGACGCUACUGCCUCACUGUCCUCACUACUCAUGCCCGCAUCAUCAGUCAUAUUCCUUCAACAUAUGUUGGUCAACAAACUACAACAACAACAGGCCACGGGCAAGGAUGGAUGUGCAGGCGACUCUCUGUAUCAUUUCAUCAUCGAGACAAUGAUUGACAACAGUUCGAUUUUGGAUCGACUAUUGGUGUUGCUGUCGACAUCAGACUACCACAGCAAGACACUAUCCAUUCAGAUGUUCUACCUCGUUCAGUUUGGUGCCAAUCACAUUGGUCGAAAGCUAUCAUAUUGGGAGACAUCAUCCACUCGCAUUGAACUGUUGUACAAAACAUUGUUGGACCCUAUCACAUCAGACACUGCACUUCACCUGCUGCGUCUGUUGCUCUCUGAGCAUGCCAUCGAUCCUCUGGCAACGCUAGAGUCACUCUUCCUUCAGUUGACUACCAAUCAGAAUGACACAGACAUCAACUGCAACAACAGUAUCGUGCUCAUUGAGGAGACACUACGAUCAAACAUGCAACACAUUGAGCGAGUGAUCAAGAUGAUACGCACCUCACUGUUUAACAAGAUACAAAAUGUGUCCAUUAGUGCGGGACAAACUGCUUCAACAUCAGGAGCGCCACCAAUGCGCAUGCCAAGUGGCAACCUCACACAAGUGCUUCUCCAGCAACAGACACCUGCACCAUCAUUAUCAUCAUCACAACCACGACAGAACACUGGCAACAUUAACUGCAAUCUGUUGAUACUACUACAGAAACUGACAGGUUUAACGAGUGUGGCAGAGGAUGUUGUGGCAUUGGCAGUGGACGCAAUCCACCUGUAUCCAGAAUCAACCCAGCUACUACAGUUCCAACUAUUGGCAAGCUCAAUGGAGCAUCAGGACAACGCCGACCCAUCCAUUGGUGUCAAGAUCAACAACUUUGUCAAGAGUCGACUGGGCUCCAUUGUCGAGGGACUGACAUCGCCCAACUCAUCCAUUCGAAAAAUGUGCUUGACCAUCCUUCAAGAGUUCAUCGAGAUGGGCUAUCGACAAGGACUUCACAAUCAAUCAAUCGAUGUAUCAGCUGUAGAUGAUGCAAUGGAUAUUGAACUCGCUGUUGCCUCUACUGCAAAUGGAUCGUCCAUUGUAGGAGUGGAUCCCUACGCCAACAAGAAGCUAUCAUUGGACUAUAUCAACUAUAAGAUCGCAGGACUAUUGCUAGUGUCUGAAGCAUCCGAUACACUGCUCUAUCUUCGAGAGGCUGUUGACUUGAUACAGAUCUUUGUAUCAAGAUCACUUGUUCAAUAA